AUGGGAAGAGCACCUUGCUGUGACAAAAACGGACUCAAGAAAGGGCCAUGGACGCCCGAGGAAGAUCUAAAGCUUAUCAACUACAUCCAGACUCAUGGACCAGGCAAUUGGCGAACCCUCCCCAAGAAUGCUGGUCUGCAAAGAUGUGGCAAAAGUUGCCGCCUUCGGUGGACAAAUUACUUGAGACCCGAUAUCAAGAGAGGGAGAUUCUCCUUUGAGGAAGAAGAGACCAUCAUUCAGUUGCACAGUAUCAUGGGUAACAAAUGGUCGGCUAUAGCAGCACGAUUGCCCGGAAGAACAGACAAUGAAAUAAAGAACUACUGGAACACCCACAUUAGGAAGAGACUGCUUCGAAUGGGAAUUGAUCCGGUUACUCAUGCCCCACGCCUUGACCUUCUUGAGAUAUCCUCCAUUCUAAGGUCGGCGCUGACCAACCAAUCGCUUCUGAAUCUGCAAAGUUUAUUGGGCGCUCAAGCUUUGAUGAACCCGGAACUGUUGAAGCUGGCCACCACUCUGUUAGCGCUCAAGAAUGAGAACCCAGAUUUGGUUUCACAGAAUCAACAUCAAAUCCUGCAGGCCGGGAAUCAUCAAGUAGACAGCCAAGCCUCCCCAUUUAGGCAGAUGCCAACGCAAAUUACCAGUAUGCAUGAAAGCCUCACAGGCAAUAGCACAAACAUGAGCUGUCCAAGUUCGCUAGAGAAUUCACCAUUUCCUUCAUAUAUGUGUGAGAACCUGAUUAAUCCGCAGCAAAACCAAGUUGAUUUGCAAGGAAACCCAACAUUUGGGCAGCGUCUAAUAAACAAUGAAAGUGUCCAGAACGUGGGCUAUGAGUCAGUUCUGUCAACGCCUUUGUCGAGCCCAACCCCAUUGAAUUCAUCGUCGCCGUAUGUGAAUAGCAGCGCGGAGGAGCAAACGGAUACCCAUUGCAGUGACUUAUUCAAGUUCGAAAUUCCUGAGAGUCUGGACAUCAAUGAUUUCUUGUAA